AUGUCUCAAUCACCUUAUAUCUCGCUCCUCACCACCGUCUUGGGAAUCAUCCCCAUCGGUUUUGGCGUCAACGCCAUCCUGCGUCCCGCCCAUGCCUUGACCUUCUUCGAGUUUGAACCACCCGUCGCUCCCGGAGACCGAAGCCUCGUCGACAGCCUGAUGAUAGUAUAUGGCGCGAGGGAUAUUUUCAUGGGCCUCGCCGUCUACGCUGCCGGGUUUUUCGGCACUCGCAAGUCCCUCGGUUGGACUUUGAUCGCAACCAGCGGUGUCGCCGUUGCCGACGGGGCUGUGUGCUGGAGCCAGGGCCAUGGACAUUGGAAUCACUGGGGAUAUGUUCCUGUCCUUGCCAUUAUCGGAGGCCUUCUGGUCCGUCAGUCCGACCGCAAAGAUAGAUUGUAA